CUAGACGCUGCUGGAUGAGAUCUACCGCUCCCACCUCUGCAAGUUUCCGACCUCCGCUCGGCUUUUACAAACAUGUUUUGCUUUUGUAGGCUAUAAGUGAGAUUUUACCUGUCGUUGAUGAGACUGUGGAUGCGUAUUUGCGCCACGCUUCCGAACACUGUCUGCUUUUUUAUUUUAUUCCUAAAAACGAACGGGAGACCUCCGCCAUCGAUGGAAAUUGAAAUGUGUUUUCUGAGCCGCUUGUCUGCUGAAGGGAUGCCUUCCGAGCUGAUGUAUGAAGCUGAACCAGGCUGCCUCUAUUCAGCACACACUGGAGCAACAGACUGGACUGUUUUUUGUACCGGACACUUGUGAAAUGAAGGACAAGAAGAAGAAAAAGAAAUAGUAGAUGUUUGUUAUUGAUGGGGAUCACAGCACAUCGGGGUGGGUGCGAACCGAUGUGGAACGGAUGCUUCUGAGUGGAAUUUAAUUCUGACUGUUUAUUUCUUUUAAAGGGGUGGAGGAUCGUGUUGAUUUGGUUUUAAUUUCAGCCUUGGCAGCAUAUAGGCUAUACCGCUCGUCAAUGAAUUGAUGUGGGAAUAUACGCUACCUCGGCUGCAUAGAUGGCAAACACAAGCGAGUUUGGGGAGAGCAGCCCGUCCUUACAGAGCUAUGCGUCCACGGCCUCUGCGGUCAAGGUGGCCUCCCUGCUUCUGAUCAUGGGCAUCAGCCUGCUGGGCAACGCGUCGCUGUCGCUGCUGCUGCUGAAAGACAGCUCGCUGCACAAGGCUCCUUACUAUUUCCUCCUGGACCUGUGCCUGGCUGACGUGCUCCGCUCAGCCGUCUGCUUUCCCUUCGUGAUGGCAUCGAUCAGCGGCGGCUCCGCCUGGCCGUACAGCGCACUCAGCUGCAAGAUCGUCGCCUUCAUGUCGGUGCUCUUCUGCUUCCACGUAGCCUUCCUGCUCUUCUGCGUCAGCGUCACCCGGUACAUGGCGAUCGCCCACCACAGGUUCUAUUACAAGAGGAUGAAUCUGUGUACGUGCGUGGCGGUGAUCUGCAUGGUGUGGACUCUCUCCGUAGCCAUGGCUUUCCCUCCAGUUUUCGACGUGGGCACCUACAAAUUCAUCCGUGAGGAGGAGCAGUGCACGUUCGAGCACCGCUACGUGAAGGCAAACGACACCCUGGGCUUCAUGCUGAUGCUGGCCGUCAUCGUGGGGAUGACCCAUGUGGUUUACAUCAAGAUGCUGUGUUUCGUCUACGAUCACCGCAAGAUGAAGCCGGCUCAGCUGGUCCCUGCCAUCAGCCAGAACUGGACCUUCCACGGCCCCGGAGCCACCGGGCAGGCCGCCGCCAACUGGAUCGCAGGCUUCGGCCGCGGACCCACUCCGCCGACGCUGGUGGGCAUCAGGCAAGCUUUGCAUCCAGGCAACCGCAGGCUGCUUGUGCUGGACGAGUUUAAGAUGGAGAAACGGAUAGGGAAGAUGUAUUACAUGAUCACACUGACCUUCCUCAUUCUGUGGGCUCCGUAUAUAAGCGCCUGCUACCUGAGAAUAUUUGCGCGGGGAGCCCCGGUCCCGCAGCUCUACCUGAGCGCUGCGGUUUGGAUGAGCUUCGCCCAGGCGGGUGCGAACCCCAUCAUCAGCUUCCUGUUCAACAAGGAGCUCCGGAUGCGCCUCAGAGCCUGUUUCCCGUGCUGCCUGGGGACACAGACGCCCAUGGAGCCAUACUGUGUCAUCUGAACAGUUACAGUCCCUAAAAUACUGCCAAAGACACAAUAAAUCUCAGAAAGUAGGCUACAGACUGGUCCCCAAAAUGUGUUUGGAGCCUACAAGCAAACAGGCUGUUGUGGAGGGUGAACCAACUGCAGUUAAAUUUACCCACAUUUUUAUUUGUGGCAAAGAUUGUACCCUCUUUUUUAUGAUAUAAUGUAAAUUCAUACUGUUUUAUGCCAAUUCGAACCAGACUAAUUACAGCUAUAUUAAGGGAUAGAAGCAGAAUGUGUUGCUUUUGCAAAACAAUCACUUUUGCCACCUUUUUUUAUUCAUCCCACUAGGUGAUUUCCAAAUAUAGAUCAGCCUCUAUGACAGUUAUGGGUCAUGUUAUGUUCUAUUGCUUGACUACAAUAUUGUACAUGAAUGUCACUUUGGCUAUCUGUUUGUACAUUUUGAAAUUCUAUCCUAUCACUCCCUUUUGAGGUUGUUUGCCUUUUGCACAACUGAUGACUGGAACACAACAGAACUAUUUUAUCAGCUGAUUAGAGUCCGUUUCUAGCAUCUGUGACACACUUGGUUUCUAAUCGUUUGGAUACCACAAAUGAGAAACAGAUCUCAGUAUAUUUUUAAUUAGGACAGUGUCACAUUUGUAAAUAAUGUAAAGCCAUUUUUCCUCGUUAAUUCUGCUUUUUUAACCAGAUGUGUUGUACAUGUGUUAUGACCCACUGGGAUUCUUUGUGUUGAUAAGGAGUUUUGUUUUAAGGUCCCAUGACAUGGUACUCAUUGGAUGCUUUAUAUAGACCUUAGUGGCCCCCUAUUACUUUAUCUGAAGUCUCUCUCCCAAAGUAUAGCUUGGUGCAGAAUUACAGCCACUAGAGCCAGUCUCACAAUGAGCUUUCCUUAGUGUGUGCCAAUUCUGAGUCUGUAGCUUUUAAGGAGGGGGGGGGGGGGCUUGAACAACUGCCACUUUGCUCAUUAGAAACCCAUGAUGUCUCGCUCUCAUGGCUGUGCCAAAUUCUCUGGGCAGGCAAAGCAGAGAAAGGGGAGGUAACCUUGCUCCUUAUGACCUCAUAAGGGGCAACAUUUCAGAAAGGCCCAUCUGAGCUUUCAUUUUCUCAAAGGCAGAGCAGGAUACCCAGGACUCAGUUUACACCUAUCGUCAUUUCUAGCCACUGCGGGACCAUGGGCAGGCUGGAGGAACGCAUAUGAAUGUUAAAAACCUCCAUAAAGUGAUAUUUACAUGCCAUGGGACCUUUAAAGCUAUUUUGCAAGAUAUUUUUCUUCUUCUUCAUGGGUCAGCUGUGUUGACAAAUGGGUUAAUUCACAUUCCCGUGUGGAUAUCCAGAUAGCAUUCUUUUUCUACUGAUAUGGAAAUGUGAACAAUUUGGUGCUUUGGAAAGGACGUUUGCAUUGUUUGUAUUUCUUAGUAAAUAAAUAAGGAAAUGGAUGAUA